GUUCUGGUAAAUCCUCUUUAGCAUUCGAUACUAUUUUCAAGGAAGGACAACGUCGUUACCUUGCUUCUCUUUCAGCGUAUGCUCGGCAGUUCAUUCAAAAUGUCGAUCGACCAGAAGUUGAUCAAGUUGACGGACUGUCCCCCACUAUUUGUAUCGAUCAAAAAUCGGUGGGACGGAACCCACGAUCAACCGUAGGUACAAUCACUGAAAUUUAUGAUUUCUUAAGACUUUUUUUCUCUCGUUUGGGAACCCCAACUUGUCCUAAUGGACAUGGACCAAUCAAAAGUCAGACGGCAGAGAUGAUUCUCAAACAGUUAUAUCAACAAAAGAAAAGCCAAACCCUUUUAAUUAUGGCUCCCAUGGUGAUUGAUCGCAAAGGAGAAUACCGUAAAGAACUAAAAGAAUAUGCUGAAAGUGGAUUUGUUCGCAUUUUAGUUGAUGGGAAGUUGAGAAAACUGGAUGAAGAAAUCCUUAUCCAGCGCUACGAAAAACAUACUUUAGAAAUUAUUCUUGAUCGAGUAAGCAUUCUUCCAGAAAACCACUCUCGAGUUGCCGAAUCAAUUUACAAAGCGGUCUCUCUCACUUCUGGGAAAGUAUCCUUUCUUGAUUAUGCAGCACUUGACGACAGCGAAAGUCCCAGGGUUACUUAUAGCUCCAAAGAUUAUUUCAUAACAAACAUCAUGAAUUCCUGUAGCACAUGUGGGGCGAGUAUUAAGGAGAUGGAACCUAAGAUUUUUUCUUUUAACUCUCCGAAAGAUGCUUGCCCCAAAUGCUUGGGACUUGGUUACUUAGAAGCUUUCGACCCUCGACUUUUCGUGGUACGACCUAGCAGAGCAAUCUUUGAUGGAGCCCUCGCCGUUCUGAAUCCUCAUGGGAAUGUCCUCUACACAAAGCGUGGGCAAAAAGCAAUCACUAAACUUUUUUCAAAAUAUAAAACCUCUUUAGAUACACCCUGGGAGAAGUUGCCAGUGAAAUUACAAGAUCGUAUUUUAGUUGGCAAGGAUAAAAGCGACUCCAUUGAAUUCGAUUGCUUAACGGUGAUUAAGAAAAUUCAUGAGAAAUAUAAUAUCAGCAACCUUAAACAGUUUCAAACCCAAGAUUUUUGUGUGACUUGUGAAGGCAGUGGAUUAGGUGAGAUGGCUCGCUUCGUUACCUUUAACGGUAGGAAUAUUCAUGCUUAUAACCAGAUGCAAGUAAAGGACUUAUUUAAAUUCUUUAACGAGGUGGAUCUUUCUCAAUUUACUGAAGAGGUAUGGAAACCCAUUCUAAAAGAAAUUCAAGAAAGGCUUUUUUUCCUUAUCAAUGUUGGUUUGGAUUACCUUACUAUUGACCGCAAGGCAAACACGCUUUCUGGCGGAGAAGCACAAAGAAUUCGGCUAGCAGCUCAAGUAGGUAGUGGAUUAGGAGGAUGCCUUUAUGUUUUGGAUGAACCUUCUAUUGGUCUUCACUCAAUCGAUAAUCAAAAACUUAUUCACACACUCCAACAGCUGAAAGAGAGACAGAAUUCACUAAUCGUGAUUGAACACGAUGAAGAGACAAUGUUGGAAGCUGAUUAUCUUGUGGAACUGGGACCCUUAGCUGGAGUAAGGGGUGGAGAAAUUACAUUUAGUGGUAAGCCAGAAAGCAUUUAUACACAGAGCAAGAAAAAUAUUUCUUCUAUUAACUAUUUGAUUGGAGAAAAAAACAUCUCUAUUCGAAAACAAACUCGAGAACCACAAGCUUAUUUGGAGUUGAAUUCUAUUAACCGUUUUAACCUAAAAAAUCUUGAUAUUAAAAUCCCCCUCGGCAUCAUGGUCGCCUUAACAGGCGUUUCGGGAUCAGGGAAAUCCACAUUUUUUCAAAUCCUUGCUGAAACAGUGAACUUGGGCAUUAAACUGGGUUUGAACAAAAUAAAAACUGAAAAGAGACACAAGGUCAGCCACUUACUUGUUAAGGGGUUGCAUCAAAUUGACAAAGUUGUAGAAAUCAAUCAAAAACCCAUUGGUCGUACUCCAAGAAGUAAUCCCGCAACCUAUACCAAUGCUUGGACAAUCAUUCGAGAUUUAUUUGCUCAAACACGAGAAGCCAACAUGCGAGGUUAUCCAAAAGGAAGGUUCUCCUUUAAUGUGAAAGGGGGGCGUUGUGAAGAGUGCAUGGGGUCGGGAGUGAAUAAAAUUGAAACUCAAAUUUUUUCAACUAUUGAAGUGAUUUGUGAAGCUUGCGACGGGAAACGAUUUAAUCAUAACACUUUAUCUGUCUACUACAAAGGAAAGAAUAUUUACGAUAUCCUCGAGAUGAAUAUUGAAGAGGCUUAUGAUUUUUUUAAUGGCAUUCCCCGACUUGAAAAAAUAUUAGGUUUUCUUUUAGAGAUUGGUCUUGGAUACAUGAAGUUAGGACAGAACUCCACUACUCUUUCAGGAGGAGAGGCACAGAGGAUCAAGUUAGCCGCUGAGUUAAGUCUCCCAAGUUUAAACAAGACGCUUUAUUUAUUAGAUGAACCAACCACUGGUCUUCACUUUGAAGAUAUUGAAAAGCUUCUUCACGCAAUCCAAAAAUUGGUGGACAAAAACAAUACGGUGCUUAUUAUUGAACACAAUUCCGAAAUCAUUAAGUCUGCCGAUCACAUUAUUGAAAUGGGGCCUAAAGGAGGUGAGGAAGGAGGAAAAAUUGUUUUUAACGGUUCACUCAACCAGUUGUCUCAAUCCCCUACUGCAACUGGAAAAUUUUUUAAACGAUACCUUGAUCGACAAGAAAAAAAAGAAAAAGGUAAAACAUCUAUUGCAUUAGAUAGUAUUUUUUCUGAGGGGCAAAGAAAAUAUUUAGAAAGCCUAUCCACCUAUGCACGAAGGUUUCUUGGACGCCUUGAAAAACCGCCUGUAGAGAAACUUGAUAAUCUCUCACCUACCAUUGCCAUUGAUCAAAAAAAAGGAGGAUCUGGUCCUCGUUCAACUAUUGCUACCCAAACAGAAAUCUAUGAUAGCUUAAGGGUUCUUUUUGCGAAUAUCGGGAUUGCUCAUUGCCAAGUGUGCUCCAAACCGCUAAGAAGGGACAGUGAAACGAUGGCUGCCAAAAAACUUAUUGAACGUUUCGGGAAGAAUCAUGGGAAUCACUCAUCCCAAGAUCACACCACUGCCCUUAUUCUGGCUCCCGCACAUCUUGCCAAUUUACAGGGGGAUUUUAUCAUCAAGGAAAUAAAAGAUUUCCCUAAAGUGAAAAAAAUUCUUUCUGAAAAAGGUUUUCUAAGAUGGUAUAUUGAUGGGAAAGUUUACAAGGCAGAAGAAAUUGGAGAUCAUUACAAAAAAUUUCAAGAAAUUUUCCUGGUGAUUGAUCGUCUUGAAAUUAAUUUAGAAAAUGAAAGUCAGUUGAUAGCUGACUUUGAGAAAGCUUAUGAGAUCGCUUCUCAAACUGCAGCAGUAUUUAUUGAAGACAAAGAACUGAUUUGGUUCACGGGUUACGAUAGUUGUUGGGAACACCAAAAUUUUAUUCGAGAGACGAUUACCCCAAGACAUUUUUCUUUCAACCACCACCUUGGUGCUUGUGAAAACUGCGAAGGUAUUGGCAAACAAAUGGGAUUAGAUGAAUCCAAGCUAAUUCCCCAUCCCGAACUUCCAUUUAUAGACGCUUUAGAUAAAAGAGUGAAGCAUAUUCUUAAAGAACGAUUAGAGAAAUUAAAAAAUUAUUGGGAUCGUCGAGUUACUUCAACGAAUUCGCUGAAUCGUUUGAUUGAAAUACCCUACCACCAACUCUCAGAAGAUGAAAAAGCAUUCCUUUUUUUUGGUAAGAAUUAUUUUAAUGAUUUUAAUAUUCUUGAUCAAAUUGAAGAAAAGUGGAGAGGUUUAAGUUUUGAAUUGCUUCCUCAAUCUUAUCAAAGAAAAAAGCAAUUUUACCAGUCUUUUAAUCAUUACUCUAUUGAUUACCAUUGGGUGAAUUCCUAUACCACCUGCCCCAUUUGUUUGGGAGGCAGACUAAAACCUUACCUGCUAAAGAUUAAGGUAGGCGAUAAGAGAAUCGACGAAAUCCUUCAUCAGGGAAUCGUAGAGUCCUAUGAUUUUUUUGUGAAUCUUCACAAUGUGUUGAAUGCUUAUCAGUUAAAAAUUUCAAAAGCGGUUAUAGAAGAAAUUACUUUUCGUUUGAAACAGAUGUUGAAUUUAGGCAUUGACUAUUUAAGUUUAGACCGUUCCACUGAUAGUCUUUCAGGGGGAGAAAUGCAAAGAAUUCGUAUUUCCACCCAAGUUGGCAAUCAGCUCCGAGAUGUCAUUUAUGUUCUUGAUGAACCUACCAUCGGACUUCACGAAAGGGAUAAUCAAAAACUAAUUAAGAUGUUGAAAUCUUUACGAGAUCUUGGAAACACUGUGAUGUUAAUUGAGCAUGAUGCCCAAAUCAUUCAAUCUGCCGACCAUAUCGUUGAUAUUGGUCCCGGUGCAGGCGAAUGGGGAGGAUCAGCUGGAGAAAGACAGCGAUUAAAAAUUGCCUAUGAGUUGGCCUUUGAUGAUCCGAAAAAUGUCCUCUACCUUCUUGAUGAACCUACAAGGGGUCUUCAUUUCCAAGACAUUGAAAAAUUAAUUGUUAUUUUAGAAAAACUCAUUUUUACUGGUGGAAGUGUUGUCGUGAUUGAACAUAACAUUGAAUUUUUAAGAAGCAUGGAUCACCUCAUCGAUCUUGGACCAGAAGGUGGGAGUGGUGGAGGAAAAGUCGUUGCUGAAGGAGAUCCUAGACAAAUUUCUAAAAAAGAUUUUACAAAAAGUUAUACUCUUGAAUAUUUGUAA